UCUCCGUCUCCAUCUCAUACCAGCACUGAGCCCCAGCAGCCAGGGCACCACGCACAUCCCACCCACCCAGCGACUGCCCAGCCGCUGCCCACUCUCCCUCACCCAUGGGGAACAGCAGAAGCGGGGCCCUGUCCAAGGAGAUCCUGGAGGAGCUGCAACUGAACACCAAGUUCUCAGAGGAGGAGCUGUGCACCUGGUACCAGACCUUCCUGAAGGAGUGCCCCAGCGGCCGCAUCACCCAGCAGCAGUUCCAGGGCAUCUACGCCAAGUUCUUCCCUGAUGCCGACCCCAAGGCCUAUGCCCAGCAUGUGUUCCGCAGCUUCGAUGCCAACAGUGAUGGCACCCUGGACUUCAAGGAGUAUGUCAUCGCCCUGCACAUGACCAGCGCAGGAAAGACCACCCAGAAGCUGGAGUGGGCCUUCUCCCUCUACGACGUGGAUGGCAACGGAACCAUCAGCAAGAAUGAAGUGCUUGAGAUCGUCAUGGCUAUUUUCAAAAUGAUCAAGCCUGAGGAUGUGAAGUACCUUGCAGAUGAUGAAAACACGCCCGAAAAGCGAGCUGAGAAGAUCUGGAAAUUCUUUGGAAAGAAAGAUGAUGAUAAACUUACAGAGAAAGAAUUCAUUGAGGGGACCCUGGGCAAUACGGAAAUUCUGCGACUGAUCCAAUUUGAGCCUCAAAAAGUGAAGGAUAGGCUAAAGGAAAAGAAACCCUGAUGCCAACUGCUCAGCUCUCCUCCCUCCGCCCACCAUUCACACAACACCCGUGAGUGUACCUCUCUCUCUCACACAUACACGUACACACAACCCAGGCCAAGAAUGUGCGUACACACACACACUCAUGUACCCACACCCCAGAACCA